CUUUUGGAUUUGCACAGAAUGACGAGAAGUCCCCGGGUACUAUAUGUACUGUGUUUGUCGUAGGGUGUCACUGUCACCGGGACCCGCCUAUGGGCUGCCUCCACCCGGCUUGGCAAGCGGUGUGGCCUGCUUGAUAUCUUAUCGCAUUUGGCGGGGCAUUUUUUCUGCCCGCCCAAAAUAAUUAUUCGCCGUGAUGCGGUGAGCGAUGGAUGAUGGUGUUGCUGGCGAGGAGCAGACGUACCUGAUCACCCUUGCUCGCAUACCGAACCAUAGAGGAUAAACCCGUUGAAGGGCUUCGCUUACGAUGCCCAAAGCCGCCAAGCAGAAGCGUGCCGGCGCCGGCAGCGGCCCUUACGAUCGCAAAUCGGCCAAAGGCGCCGGGGCCACGAACAUCUUCCGCUUCGACAAAGACUUUGGCCAGCACAUCCUCAAGAACCCCGGUAUCAGCGAUGCCAUUGUCGAGAAAGCCUUCCUGAAACCCACCGAUGUCGUCGUCGAAGUGGGUCCGGGUACCGGAAACAUUACGGUCCGGGCACUCGAAAAGGCGAAGAAGGUCAUAGCAAUCGAGCUCGAUCCCAGAAUGGGUGCCGAAGUCACCAAGCGCGUACAGGGCACGCCCCUGGCCAAGAAACUCGAGGUCAUCCUGGGCGAUGUCAUCAAGAUGCCCGAGAUGCCACCCUGCGACGCCCUCAUCUCCAAUACACCCUACCAGAUCAGCAGUCCGCUCAUCUUCAAGAUGCUGUCUAUGCGGAACCCGCCUAGGGUCGCAGUGCUCAUGUUCCAGCGAGAGUUUGCCAAGAGACUGGUCGCGAGGCCUGGUGAUGCGCUCUACUCGAGGCUAAGCGUGAAUGUGAAUUUCUGGGCCACAUGUAAACACAUCAUGAAAGUAGGAAAGCAAAACUUCAAACCGCCUCCCAAGGUCGAAAGCGAUGUUGUGAGGAUAGAGCCGCUGCUCGGAUCGGCGCGGCCAAAUGUCGCUUUUGAGGAAUUUGAUGGUCUUCUCCGUAUUGCAUUCAACCGCAAAAAUAAAACAUUACGCGCCGCCUUCAGCAUAAAAGAGGUUCUCGCCAUGUGUGAAAGAAACUACAAAAUCUACUGCUCCUUGAACAACAUCCCCAUAGACGAGUCCGUCGCCGACGCCGACGCCACUACUACAGGAACCGUGGACGUGGACAUGGAUGUUGACGACGACGACGCCGAUGAUGACAACGAACCCGGGGACGACCAACCCAUGAACGCAGACGCAGACGACAACGACGACGACGAAGACGAGGAGAUGCCCACCUUCUUCCAAGAACUACGAGACGCCGAGGCCGCCAAAGAGGACGGCAAGACGCCGAGCCGCAAUCCCAAGUCCAAGGUCGCCCUGGUCGUCCGGGCCAAGGUAAACAAGGUGCUGAAUGGCACUGGCCUGGGCGACAAGCGGGCGCGGCAGUGCGAUCAGAAUGAUUUCCUGAAGUUACUUCUGGCGUUCCAUGAAGAGGGGAUCCAUUUCUCGUGAGGAGAUGAGAUGAUAUGAUAUGGUGAAGGGGGAUAGUUUAUCGGGAGUAAAGGGAUGGAGUUGUUGGCGUUCUGGAAGUGGAAAAAGAACUUCAUGUAGGGGAUAUACGGAUAGUUCAGCUUUGAUCAAGGCGAAUGUGCCAGUUACCUAGGUACCUACCUGCCCUUACCUUACCUCCCCGACUAGUUGUAUAGUGGAUAUGCCUCAUGGUUUGUAUAAGGCAGGAAUGGAGAAGCUAAGUCGGCCUAAUUCUUGUUCACGGGGAUAAGGUAUGUCUGCAUACAUAGGUAUAUACCGCGACAGGGCAGCAUGAUCUAAGUAGUAGUGUAUCCAAGCAUGCUAUUCUAAUAAGUAAA